AUGUUUCCCUAUUCGUUCUUGCCGGAAGAGCUGAAGAAUUGCAUUGUUAAAUCGAUUCAUUUAAAUGACACCUCUCAGGCAUUUCGGGCCAGCAAAAGCUUAGAGCGGAAAAUCCUCGAAUACGGCCCGUUUCCGCGGAGAAUCUCGAAACUAAAUAUCGGGCUCUUGGAUUCCGACUAUCAUGCGAAGACUCUCGAUGAUCUUGUCUUUGACAUUCAAAUGAGCAAUGGUGAAAUCGAAUUUGAAGUCUCCGGCCACAACGUCACUUUGAUAAGCAAAGACAAGAAAAUCCCGUUGAAUGUAAAAGGAAAAACUUUCUGGGCUCUUCUGAAUAAUAAAAUUAUUUCGUUGGAAUCUUGCACGAUCAGCAUUCCGGAUUCUAGAACUCUGGACACGCGUCUUGUCAGAAGAUUCGUCGAAAAUCUCUUUCAGGACAAUGAGUUCUUGUCGAAAGCAGACUAUCUAUUCAGAUUUCAUCUUGACACCAAUCUGGAGUUGGCGAAGAUUAUCCUUUCUCGUUUUCACGUCACUAUUCGAGAUUUAUUGGCACUUGAAAUCUUUUAUGUGCCAAGUAAAGAAAAAGAAGCCAAUGAGUUUUUGGAAGACCUCAUCAAAAGGCCAACCUUACAAGACUGCUAUUCAAUUGCUUGGGAAAAUAGGUGCUCCCGGUGGCUGCCGGGAGCCUCUAUUUUCCAGGCUCCGGGAAAAUUGCUCUGUUUUCCUUCCGGGAAUUGGUUCCGCUUCAUGCGCGUAAUCCAGCAAGUAUUCUUCCAAGAAAACCCCACAGCCAGCGAUGAGAGAUUCUAUCUGGUGAACUUGCAUGGACAUGAGAUUCUAGAGGAUGUCCAUGUGAACUCGCAGGAUUAUCGGGAAAUGUUCGACGAGGAGCGAGGGUGUGAGGAGUUGAGAGACGAUUCGGAAGAAGUCGCUCUCAUGCGAGAAGCAGUGAAAGAAUUGGAGAAAGAGCUGGAAACAAGGCAAGUGAAUAAGGAGCUAUUCAUCGAGAAGUCUUCUUCGUGCUUCUAUAAGGGCUACUACAAGAAACGAUUCGUGAACAACGAGGCCAAUUAUUUUAUCACGUGCUCCGAGGAAAAGGACAGUAGUAGCUAUUUCGAGAACUAUUUUGGUGAGCCACGGAAGUACACUUUCCAAUGUUUUGUUAAAUAUCGAACGAUCAAAGCACUCGACCGAACACUUCAAUGCGAGCUGGAACUCGAU